GAUGCAGAUAAGAACAUCACUAAAGUACUGAAAGAGAAAGGGAGCCUGGUUCACAGCAGUAGUUUUAAGCACAGCUCUCCUUUCUGCUGGAGGUCUGAUACUCUGCUGACAGACAAAGCUGUGCCAAGCUGGUUUGUAAGAGUGGAACACAUGGUGGAGAAACUGCUGGAAUGUAAUGCCCAAUGCUACUGGUUUCACAAAUGCACUGGUUGGGCAACAGGACAGUUUCCCUCACAUAACAGAUACAACCUGCUUCAGUGCCUCUCAGCCUGCUGCUUGAACAGAUUUGUACACAAUUCCCUUCUUCGUGUCAAAGAAGGCGUUCCUUGCUGAUGUGAAAUCCUACUGAGAAAUAGGUUUUAGAGUUAUGUGACCUUGCCUGAGUUGCCUGCUGUUGUGGUCUUCAAAGAUGGAGCUUCCUUUGUUUCUGAUGGUAAGUAAAAGUGGAUAUUGGCCAUAUCAUGGAAUCAGCCAGGCUGGAAGAGACCUCCAAGAUCACCCAGUCCAACCUAGCACCCAGCCCUAACCAAUCAACUGGACCCUGGCACUAAGUGCCUAACAACCAGCCUGUACCUCUCUUGGCACAACUUGAGACUGUGUCCCCUUGUUCUGUUGCUGGUUGCCUGGCAGCAGAGCCCAACCCUAGCUGGCUACUGCACUGCUCCUGUGCACUGCGGCCCUCCUCUGGACCUGCUCCAGCAGGUCCUUGUCUCUUCUGUUGGAGGUUCUGUAGCUGUGUGCAGUACUCCAGGUAGGUCUCACCAGAGCAGGGCAGACUCAUAGACUCAGAGUCAAGCAGGUUGGAAGAGAGCUCCAAGCUCAUCCAGUCCAAUCUAGCCCCCAGCCCUGUCCACUCAACUAGACCAUGGCACUAAGUGCCUCACCCAGGCUGUUCCUGAGCGCUUCCAGACACGGUGACUCUGUGGUGCCACAGCAAAAUACUCCAGGUGGGCCCUCAAGGGUAUUCUUUGAGCUGUCAUGGAAGGGCUGUGCUUGCCUUCCUCUUCGCUCUAUUGCCUUGCAACCAGUCACCCACCAAAGAAAAGUUCACUCAGUGACCUCCUUGAUCUGCAUUUGAUUUAGUUUUACUUUUGAAGUGGCCUGGAGAAGGAAAUUUUGUCAAAGAGAAACAAUUUUAAACUGCUGUUUUGUGGUGUGACCUGUCUGCUUUUGCCACCCCUGUCAAAACACACAAGCCUUGUUUCAAUCCAGGCUCCUAAUUCACUUUGCACAAAUCUUACUCUCUUAAAAUGUAUUAGAAGGGUUUUUGUAAACCAGUCAGUGCAGAGGCCCUGCAAGAGACUGGAUAUUGUUUUAUGUGCAGCUUACCAUUGGGCAGGAAAGUGCUGUCAGUCACAGUUCCCUUCCCAUGUCACAUUCCCUGCUGGGAGAGGAUUGUUUGUCCUUGGUUUGGGUGAAACUAAUCAGCCAAUCAGCACUGCAUGCUGUGCUCUAAUACACUUUUUGUUCAACAGCUGCAAAUUGCUUUAGCAGCUUAGGAGUGACAUUUCUGGAAAGGUGAGAGACCUUGUCUGGAAACAGUAGAGGGUUAAAAAUAGGCUUCUCUAGGCUGAAAUAAAUGUUAUUGCCCACCUCACAGCAGCAACAGAAGAACACAUUCUGCUUGCUUGCUUGCUUUCUCUUUUGUUGUCAGAGUGUGAAGAUGGUGAUUUGUCAUCCUGGAUAAACAGAGCAAGAUUUCAAGGGUAUCUUCAUGUGGAUGGCUUUACACUUCAUGAACUUGGAGACAGAGGAAAACUUGUGGCUAUUGCAGUCAUUGAUGAUAAAAACUCUUCAGUGGAACAUACCAGGAACAGAACUGAGUGUUGGUGACAGUGUGGGAGAAGUUUGCUGAUAUGAUGUAGAGAACUUGGGGAAGUUUGUUAGAUCUGAAGAGAUGCCAGGGUGAAAACAAGAGAGCAGCAAGGCAGGAAGCACAAAAGCAAACCUCUCUCAUGAAGGAAACAGCACAACUUCAAGCACAGUUUUAAGCACAGCAUACCAAGGAGGAACAGAAAUCCCAAGCAGAGCAAAGGGGAGGAGUGGCUUAGAGAAAAGCAAAAGCACCCCACAAAGGACACAGCCAAAACACCACCCCACAAAGGACACAGCCAACCUACCCCCGCAAAGGGGAUCAGCCAAAGGCUUCUGCCUCUCCUGGGGCAGCUUAAAAAGGGGAGGUCAAUUGAAGUCUCCUCCCACCCCAGCUGUGGCCACUUUGCCCUCCCUGCUCAGUGCCCUUUAUAAGCAGAGCAGGAGGAGCCCAGCCCCAAGCUGGGCCCAUUGCGGGCCAAGGGAUCCUCCGCCUGGCAUCCCAGCUGCAGGGAUGGAUUUGCCUGCACUCAAGCUGCUGCUGCCAGAGCCCCUCCGUGUCAAUCUGUGCUGCCGUUGGGUUCUGCAGCUCUCUCCAGCAAGCAUGGCAUGAGCUGAAGGAGCAGCAGGAGCAGCAUGGCCGUUCCCCAGGCAGCAGGAGGGUUCAGCCCAGCACCAGCUCAUGCGGGAGGAGCAGAUGCUGAGGAACAUCCCCCACGAGACGCAGGUGGCCAAAGAGGCUGGGUCAGGUGCCAAAAAGGAGACCUUCUUCACCUGCUUCUCCUGUGCAAGCUCUUCUGUCUGUCUGCUGAGAUGUUUCUGCCUGUUUCUCUGGCAGAGAAGUGUUUGCUUUUUUGGCUGGCGAGCUGACCAUCCGUACUACCGUCGCCUUGAAUGCCUCCAACCAGCAGUGUUUGCUGCCAGACAGACACCUGGAGAAGACAGAGGACAUGCUGCGGUGGCUCCGAUUGUUACGCCGUGUGAUUUAUCUUCCUGUCCUGGCUGUCUUCCCGUGCUGGGUGCUGGCAGUGAAUACGUGGUGAGGAGUGCUUGGGGUGUGCCAUCCUUUGCUGUUCUCACUGUGGGAACUCCAAGAGCCAUGGAAUGGGCACAGGCUGGUGAUGGACUUCUGCAACGAAGCAAGAGAGUCAUCUAUGAGGCCAAGGCUGCUGUAAUGGUAGAGUUCAUUGCUUAUUCAGUGAGGUGAUGCUCUUGUCAGUCAAGAAGGACUUAGUUGCAGAGGCUUUAGAAAUGCUUUGAUGUAAGCUUGUUGCUAUGCUGUGCCUAGUGUAUCUAUUGUCACUAUUUAGAACUAGGCUUAAACCAAAUGAACUUCUGGAUUAAAACAGCCAAUCAUGUCUGCCACA